AUGGAUUUGAUGCCAGGGGUGUUGCGGAAUACGCAGAAUUUGAUUGAGAUCAUGGAGAAUAUGCAACAAGCAGCACAACUCGCGACAACAGACGAGAAAGUCGAUAUACUGAUGGAUCGUCUACCAAUCGAGGCACUUCUUCCAGUCGCCUGUAGUCCAAUCGCGCUCACCAGCACCAACCUCGAAAACCUGCAUAAAGGACUUGCCGCCUCAGCCCCAGCCACCUCAGCCACUUCUCCUGUCACCUCACCGAUUGAGCCUAACAAAGGAAUGUGUUUGGAGAAUCUAGAACGACCAUCUCUUUCGUACAAAGAUCUCAUAAUUGAAGCUAUCGAAAGCAGUCCGGAAAAACGUCUUAAACUCAACGAAAUCUAUCAGGUGAUCCGAGUCCUCCAUCCAUACUACCGAUUGCGACCGGAUCAAUGGGGAUGGCAAAACUCGAUUCGACACAAUUUGUCACUUCAUGAUUGCUUCGUGAAACUUCCACUCAAGCAGACAUCAGCCAGUGGAGUUGUUGGACACUUUUGGACGGUGGUACCCGAGUUGGCUGACAAGCAGACAUUGAGGAGGAGAUCUCGUCCAUCACAAAAAUGCAGCUCGGGAUCUUCUCGAUCACAAGCUGCGAGAGCUGCAGCUGUUAGAGAAGCUGUUGCCUUGGCGAGGAGUGAAGAAGCUGUUUCUACGACUUCUUCUGAUGCUUCUCCUUCUCCAUCUUCAUCAAAUUCAUUGUCUCCUCCAUCGGAUUUAGCAAAACCCAUGGCUGUUUAUGCGAAUGCUGUAAACGCGAAUGAUUUGAUUGGGACUAUUCUUGGAGAGUUGAGCAAGAGCAACUACAGCCAAGUCAUCACCAACUAUCUGUAUCAACAAGGUCUCCUCAACUCAUUGGCCCAAAUCGCCAACCAGCAGACGCCACCACCAACCCCGGUGACUCCAGUGACCCUCGGCCUCACCGGUUUGACCUCACCAAACGCUCUCCUCUCGUCACUCAAUAUGAACCCAUUGGUUGCUCUCUCAUCACUCGCCACCGCUGUCCUCCCACCCCAAUCAUUGUCUCCCGUUCUCCACUCACAACUCUCUCCAUCACUCUCCAUGUCUUCACCAACUUCCAACACUUUAGCCCUCAACCUCCCCGCUCCCACUCCAAUCAAAUCAGAAACGAAUUUCUUGCUU